UCGUACGCAGCUGUUAUGAGGAGGCUAAAAGUUAGCUAACAGCUUCAGUUUGAGGUUUCAAGCUAUUGUAAACGUUUUAUUACCUAGAGGAUUAGUUAGUUAUUUUCAAAACGGUAUUAGUCAAGUACAAAAGUCGUCUUCCGUCUUCUUCAAAGGCUUUUUUUUCGUAGAAGGAUCGCUUUUAGCUGUUGGGCUAGCAGGCUAACAGGGUCCACAAUGGAGGGCAGCGCCAGCGUGAGGAAAUCGUUGUCCGGGACUCUCGUCCCUUCUGCGGUCACAACAGUAGCUCUCCGACAACAACCCGACGAGGAGAAGGGGAAGAUAAACAGAAAAGUCCUCGAUGAAGAGGAGUACGUUGAGAGCUUAGAGAAGAUCAUCCAGAGGGACUUUUUCCCAGAUGUGACAAAAUUGCAAGCACAGAAAGACUACCUUGAAGCAGAGGAAAGUGGAGACCUUGAGAGAAUGAGAGAGAUAUCCAUCCGAUAUGGUUCAUCACUGACAAAACCUACACCACAGUCUUCAGCACCUUAUGUGACUCCAGCGAGCUUUGAGACACCAGUGGGUCGCUCAGGAUCCCCCUCCUCCACCCACUGCAGUAAAGGGGUAGAUGGAGAGAGAAAGGAAGAUGACAAGGAAGAGAAGAAGCUGCCCAGUCUGGACCAUUUCCUUGCUAAAAAUACCAGUGAGGAUAAUGCAUCCUUUGAGCAGAUAAUGGAUCUGGCAAAAGAUAAGGAGAAACUGAAGCACGCCUGGUUAUAUGAAGCCGAGGCUGAGUACAAACAGCGCCACGAGCAGAACCUUGCCUUACCAUCAGUAGAGAAGGCAGCUCUUGAAUGUGUCAAAGCUGGACUGGAGACAUGGGAGUACAAAGCAAAGAAUGCCUUGAUGUAUUAUCCAGAAGGAGUUAAAGAUGAUGAUGCUCUCUUUAAGAAGCCAAGGGAGGUAGUUUACAAGAACACCCGAUUUAUAGGAGACCCGUUCAGCAAAGCUCUCAACAAAAGCCAGAUUCAACAGGCUGCAGCUCUCAAUGCUCAGUUCAAACAGGGUAAAGUAGGUCCUGAUGGGAAAGAGCUCAUCCCACAUGAAUCCCCAACAGUGAAUGGAUAUGGUUUUGAAAGAACUCCUUCCCCUGCACCUGGUGUAGCUGAGUCACCGCUGAUGACGUGGGGUGAGAUCGAGAGCACCCCGUUUCGUCUGGAGGGAUCAGACACUCCAUAUGUUGAGAGGAACCACGGGCCGUCGUUUAAGAUUCCAGAACCAGGAAGACGAGAGAGGUUGGGUUUGAAGAUGGCCAACGAAGCGGCUGCAAAAAAUCGUGCAAAGAAACAAGAGGCAUUGCGAAAGGUCACAGAGAACCUCGCAAGUCUGACGCCUAAAGGUCUGAGCCCGGCCCUCACGCCUGCCCUCCAGAGGCUCGUAAAUCGGACAUCCAGCAAAUACACAGACAAAGCACUGCGAGCGAGUUAUACCCCAUCGCCCUCACACAGAGUCACUGGGUGUAAGUCCCCCUUCGGUGGCCCAUCAACUCCUUCAGGAACGCCAACGCCAAACAAAUCCAAAACGCCGAGCUCUCAGGACCUUACAUCACUCACAGACAAUCUGCUGCAGCUUCCCAAGAGACGGAAAGCCUCAGACUUUUUCUAAACAAGAGAAGCUACUCUAUUCUCUAUUGGGAUUUCACAAAAACACUCAUCCUAAUGUGGAGAACUUUAAUACAACUUCCCGGACUCAGUAUUUUUAUGUUUAAGAGCACAUUGUUUUGCUGGAGGACUGGAUAAAGAAAUGCACAGCGGACUGAAGAAUUUAGAUUAAUUUGUUACAUUUUGGUGCAGUUGAAAUAAUGUAGAUCUCUGUAAAAUACAACUUAUGUCCCAAAUUGUAUUUAAUUAUGUUUUUUUUUUCUCUAUCUAAAAUACAGUUUUAAAAGGUU